AUGUCGAAUCGAGGGAAUUUAAACCUAAAUCUACCGCCUUCUUCUGGGAAAUAUACUGUGGGAGAAAACGUGCAUUUUGAACUAUCGAAGGAAAAGAACAAUAGCACUAAUUCAAACCCACAUACGAGCAGUACUAGUACAAGUAAUAGUAAUAACACUGGUAUUGGUGUUGCAAAGAGUUUAUCCACCAACGAUAAUAAUAAUGACAACGACAACCAGCAACCACAGCAACAUGAACAGAUUCAAUCAAAAGCGAAAUCACAGUCACAGUCACAGUCACAGUCACAGUCGCAGCCACAGACCCAGGUGCAAGUGGAACAGCAACAGCAACAGCAGUCUUUGGUGAAUUCCCCAGCUGCUCAAUUAGCAGCAAAGAAGCGAAAGAAAAAGAAAAGCAAAAAGAGCAGCAAUAACAAUGGCAACAACAGUAACACUAGUAGCAAUUCUAACAGCGAAAUUACCAACACUAGCAUAUCCAUGCCACAUGCUUUCUUAAACAAUCCUGAUGAGGACUAUCCAACUUCUCGCGUGAUAAAGCAAGCACCAAAUGGGGACGUAAUUGUAGAAAGCCUCGACCAUGUAGGCGGAACUUAUGAGGACCACCUCCAUGACGAUUAUAGUGAUGAGGAUACACUGCAUCACCACCUUCGACAAGCACCUCAUCAAGCCUCGAAUAAUAAUCACAUACAUAACCACUCCCACACUUCUUCGCAUCCUUUGCAGCAUACUCCAAACCAUUUGCAUCACGCUUCUCAUAAUGCUAACCCAUUGACACAGCAUAUAUCAGCGAGUGGAGCCAGCAUGAGAUCACAUGGACACAAUGAUGCCCACAGUAAUUUAUGGGACAGCGCAUCGCUUGAAGAGCAAGAGAAACUUAAGGAAUUUUGGGAAUCUCUUGAAGAGUCUCAGAAAUUGGAUUUAGUGAAGAUUGACAAACAGUCCAUAAUGAAGAUGUUCAAGAAUGAAACAAGGCAGCACUUGCAACAGUUGCUGCAAAAUGGAGUACUGAAUAACCAAAAUGCAAGUAGUAGCAAUAACUGUGCUUGCAAAUAUUGUGGAAGAAGAAACAAUAUCAUUGAGGAAGAGUUGGAGAAUAUUUACGACAAUCACUUUGAUGAUAUAAUUGAUUUCAUCCAUGAAGUACGCGAUAUUAAUGACCUCAAUGCUUUACCGGGCUUACUAUUUGGUGGGUUUCAUAUGCUCGAAGAGGAAAGAAGGCUACAGAAGCGGAAACAACUACACAACGAACAUUUGGAAUUGGCCAAGAGCUCCAACCUUCAAAACCAAGCACAUAUCGAGGAAAUCAGAGCACAGAUGGAUAAGUUGAAAAUGAACCAACGUCAACAAUCACAAUCACAAUCACAAUCACAAUCACAACAACAAAGGGAUGUUCAAACAGCGCAAUCACAAGUACUUUCCAAGGAUUCUUCUCUGAAAAAUGCAAACACAAGUAUGAAUAAGCAACAUACAUCACAGCAAUUGUUGCAGCCACAAAUUCAAGCACAGGGAAAGAACAAUUUGCAGCAAAAUCAUCAUACUCACCACCACCAUCAACAGCCACUGCAACAUCCAACUGUACAAAUUAGUGCGACGUUUCUGAGCUCCAACCCCACCGAGACCCAACUUUUCAACAAAUUGCUUGACCCCAAGUUAUUUGAGGCUUUGGAAAGUUUGGAUUUGCAAAAAAUGAAAGAAGUCUCACAUUUUGACCCUCAAAACACUGCACAUAUCAAUAUGUUGGAAAAGGCAGGAUCUUUAAGAGAGAUUGUACGUGAUUUACACAAUGUAGAUAGGAAUCACUUGGAAAAGGGAAUGUCUUAUGUGCAAAAUAUGGGCAAAUUGUUUUCAAAUAUAGCCAGUUUGAACCCUAGCAACCCCGAGGACGCUGAGAAGAUUAUGACUGGCCAAUUGAAUGAGCAAUUUAAUCAAGGUCUUUCAACAUUUGCUGAAGAUUUGUUAAAGAACGAUGGAAGCUCCUUCAUCAGUAUGAUGGAAACACUUUCGGAACUGCGUUCAGCGCGUGAAGAAUUACUCAAGGAAAAAACUCCUUACAACGGAUUACUCACUAAAACUCCUGCUGCUACUUCCCAAGACCGCGAACAACAAGUCCAGCCCAACCAUUCUCAUUGGCUUGACGAAGAUGAUCAUGAUCAUGAGCACGAGCACGAGCACGAGCACGAGCAUGAACAUGAAAUUGACGACGAGGACCAUGAGCAUUAUUGUUGCCAUCACCACCAACAUCAUCAUCUUCACGGAGAUGAGGAGUACGAUGAGGAAGAUGAGGAAGAUGACGAAGAGUAUGAAUAUGGAGACGAUGAAGAGGAGGAAGACGAAGAGGACGAGGAAGAGGGAGAAGAUGAAGAGUUGGAGGAGGUGGUCGAAGAUGAUGUAGAUGAAGAAAUUUUGGACGAUGAAGAAGAGUUUGACGCAAAAAAUGCAAGCGAUACUGAAUCUGAGAUUUCCGAAGAAGAGAAAAUGCAAGAAAUACGUCGUUUGUUUUUAAUACAAGUGAUAAAAUUGUUUCAGGAACGACUCAAGAGUGCUUAUAAGGAGAAAGUUUCAAAAGACAACACGCGAAAACUUUUUGAAGAACUCGAGGCCGAGGAAGCCGCGAAGAGGGAAAAGGAGGCCAAGAAGUUGAAGCAAAAGGAGAAGGCAAAGGAAAGGAAGAGAUUACAGCAGUUGGCCAAGGAAGAAGAAAAACGCAAAAAAGAGGAAGAGGCCAAGAGGAUUGCUGAGGAAUUACAUGCUAAACAAGAACAACUCAAGUUGGAACAAAAGAAAAAGAAAGAAGAGGCAAGAUUAAGAAGAGAAGAAGAGAAAAAGAAAAAGUUGGAGGAGAUAAAGAGACGCGAGGCAGAACAUAAACGCAAAGUGGAGGAGCAGAUUAAACAUGACGAAGAGCAAAGGAGAUUGAAAGAGGAGCGUAGAAAGGAGUUGGAGGAGAAAAAGAGACAAAAAGAAGAAGAGAAAAAACAAAAGGAAUUAUUGAAGAAGCAGAAGGAAGAGGAAAAAGAAAGGCUUCGUAUUGAGCGUGAAAAGCAACUUGAAAAAGAGGCUGCCGUAUCAAAGUCAAUACCACAACCAUCACCAAAGUCAAAGCACGUUAUGAAACUGGCGGCAACUUUUCAAUCCGAUAUUCCAUCUAAGCAAAAUCAAGCUCAAAAUGGAAAUCAAUCACAUUUGCCGCCUCAGUCUCGUUUGAGACAAGAUGAAGAAAAUCCACAAAAAACUUUUGCUAACUCUGUCUUCAGUGCCAAGGAAUACAAUUCAAUUUACCAACCUUUGCCAGGAUCUCUUUCCAAUAAUUCAUCCUCGGCAGCCCUUUCAGUAGGUACCCAGCUGUCAAAUUUCCAGGCUUUGUCUCAUCCUCAACAGCAACAACAGCAAUAUUCUAAUGAUAUUUAUCUUCCUUCUGCAAAUCUUGCUACCGCGACUGUCCAAUCACCUAGAUCUGCUCCGAUAAAUUUACCCAAUGGCACAUCCGCCGUCGGUGUUUCACUUGCAAACCAUUUGAGUUUGAAUAAUAGUUCGCAAGGUUCACCAUGGACAACAAACUCAACGCUCAGUAGUAAUUUGGGAUCUACAGGUCUUAGUCACGGCCAAGGUCAGACUGUUUCUGGAGUGAAUACAAAUUUGCCGUCAUCUAUAGGUAUUACGUCUGGUGGGGCAUCUCAAAUUUUCCAACCACAACCACAACCACAACUACAACCACAUCAACCACAACAGCAGCAACAACAACAACAACAACAACAACAACAACAACAACAACAGCAAAACUAUUUUAGCCCUUUCAACUCGUUCUCUGAACCUCUGGUGGGCGAACCUUUCCAAGGAAUAGUACACCCGACCACUAAUAUCAAUAAUAGUACCACUGCAAGCUCCAGUACUGGCGCGAUUAUUCCUCCUAUGAAUCCAUCAGGUAAUAUUUGGAAUAGCAAUAUUGGUGCUACUGCUACCAAUGCUCCAGCGAGUGUUUCCAGAAACAACUCUGUUUGGAGUAAUAAUGCGAUCACGCCUAAGCCCAGUGAACCUUCAUUUUUGAGCACGGCUGGAAGAUCGAGCAGUCUUUGGGGAACUUUAGCCAAUGCGCCUGUUGCUAGUAGCAGUAAUAACAACAGCAAUGCAACUGCCAACUACGACAAUAACAACGUUCGCAGUUUGGGUAGCUCUUCGUUUGCACCAGCUAACCCUGGCCAACAUGAGUUGGAGGUCAUACAAACAGCGAUUUAUAAUUGUUUUCAAAUGAUGCAAAAUUCGAACCAGUUGGAAUUCAAUGUUGCUCCAUUGAUGGCAAUUUUCUCAAAUGUCCGUUCAUUGACGAAUAAGACUCAAUUGACCGUGAAUCAGUUUCUUAAUUGCUGUGUUUCUAAUUCAUUGUAUCAGUUUGAUUUCGUUUACGAUGACUUUGGCACUGUGACUCAUUUGAAAGUUGGUCUUAACGGAUUAAAUGAUCAUAAUAGUGUAAAUGGGUUUUCCAAAAGCUCUACAACGCCUCCACUGUUGCCUAUUUCCGCCAUGAAUUCAAAGAUUCUAGGUUAUACGCAACAACAACAACAACAACAACAACAACAGCCACAGCCCCAGCCACAGUCACAACAACAAUACCCAUUGCAACACUCACAUCCGCAACGUCUGCUGCAAUUAUUUUCGAAUAAUCAGACAAUACUUUCUCAAGAUGUCACAUCUUCAGCGUUUGCCACUGGUACCAACACGCAGGGUUCAUCGUAUGGUCAAGUACAACUGGGAGCAGUUUCUCCUGCAUUUGCAAGAACAUCGCCUCCUGGAUUGUUCCCCAAUGAUAUACCUUUAUUGAGCACAAUCAAUGAAUUGAACUCUACACCCUCUACCGGAACUGGAACUGGAACUGGAAGUGGAGUUGGAGCAGGAACCGGAGCUGUGUUUGGAUCUGGUAUUUGGAAUUGA